GGACAAGUUUUCUUUCUCAACAACAACGACACCGUUUUGUUCCCUGUACAUUCCCGCAAACAUUAAUGGGAGCCUGUAUGUAUCAAAUAUCAAUCACUCCCAUUACUUAUCCAGGGUCCAGCGGAGCGUUAUUAAACGGAACUGUUCACCAAACUUGUUCAAAAACAAAGAAAAACAAGGCACCACAUUUAAAUUUAUCUCCAGCGAGACAGAGAGAGAUUCCACGGAGAGAGAUGUGUCCAAUUCAAUAUACAAGACUUGAGCUACCUAUAUUUCUUCAAAAUUGGCCUCGAAUUAAAAUUUUAUUUUAUGUAAUUAAUUUUUAGUAAGCCUUUUUUGCUAACUUUGUUUCUUUUUCAUUUCUUUCUCCACACCUUUUCAUACAGCAUUUAUCUCGAGGUGGGGUCUCUCUGGAUUUUACGAGGAUGCAAUAACAUUAAAACCCCACUUGAUUUUGCUUCUCCAACGUUGUCUGUGAGGUUCUCUCUUCUUGCCAUUCUCUUCUGAUUUUGGUUCUUAAAGUCCUGAGAGAUUUUUAAUUUAGGGUUUAUAAUUUAUAUAUAGCUGUGAAAUUGCUGUGAAAUAGAGAGAGAGAGAGAGAGAGAGAGAGAGAGAGAGAGAGAUGGCAGGAGGUGGAGCAGGACCAGCAAAAGCAGAUGAGCCAGGACCUCAUCCCCCGAAAGAUCAGCUGCCCAAUGUGUCUUACUGCAUUACUAGCCCUCCACCUUGGCCUGAGGCUAUCCUAUUAGGCUUCCAACAUUUCAUUGUAAUGCUUGGUACAACAGUUAUCAUACCCACGGCUCUUGUUCCUCAAAUGGGAGGAGGAAAUGAGGAGAAAGCGAAAGUGGUUCAAACCUUACUAUUUGUUGCUGGACUAAACACUUUGCUGCAAACUUUGUUCGGAAGUAGAUUACCUGCUGUUAUUGGAGGAUCAUACACCUUUGUUGCUCCCACAAUAUCUAUUAUCCUCUCUAAUCGAUGGAAUGACCAGGAUCCUGUGGAGAAAUUCAAGAAGAUAAUGCGGGCAAUCCAGGGAGCACUUAUUGUUGCCUCAACUCUUCAGAUAGUCCUAGGUUUCAGUGGCCUGUGGCGUAACAUUACCAGGCUUUUAAGUCCUCUAUCUGCGGUUCCGUUGGUUGUUCUUGCUGGCUUUGGGCUCUAUGAGUUUGGUUUUCCUGGUGUUGCCAAGUGUGUUGAAAUUGGAUUGCCGCACCUUAUCAUUUUACUACUUUUCUCUCAGUAUUUGUCCCAUAUUAUACGGCCCGGGAAAAAUAUCUUUGAUCGUUUUGCUGUUUUAUUUUCGGUGGUGAUUGUGUGGUUCUAUGCUUACAUACUUACAGUGAGCGGAGCCUAUAAAAAUAAGCCACCCACUACACAGACUAGCUGUCGUACAGACCGUGCAGGACUUAUCAGUGGUGCACCAUGGAUCAGCUUUCCGCAUCCAUUUCAAUGGGGAACGCCAUCAUUUAAUGCGGGUGAAGCCUUUGCCAUGAUGAUGGCUUCAUUUGUUGCACUUGUGGAGUCUACUGGUGGCUUUAUUGCGGUGUCAAGAUAUGCUAGUGCAACUCCCUUGCCACCUUCGAUUCUCGGACGUGGUGUAGGCUGGCAGGGAAUUGCUAUCCUGUUGUCUGGGUUAUUUGGAACUGUGAAUGGAUCCUCGGUUUCCAUUGAAAAUGCUGGCCUUUUGGCAUUAACUCGCGUAGGAAGUAGACGAGUCAUACAGAUAUCUGCUGGCUUUAUGAUCUUCUUUUCUGUAUUAGGAAAAUUUGGAGCUGUGUUCGCCUCUAUUCCAACACCGAUAUUUGCUGCAUUGUACUGCCUAUUCUUUGCUUAUGUCGGCGCUGCUGGUUUAAGUUUCCUCCAGUUCUGCAACCUAAACAGCUUCCGCACAAAAUUCAUACUUGGAUUCUCAGUUUUUAUGGGCUUCUCUGUUCCCCAAUACUUCAAUGAGUACACUGCAAUAAAAGGUUUUGGCCCCGUCCAUACGUCUGCAAGAUGGUUCAAUGACAUUGUGAAUGUCCCUUUCUCAUCAGAAGCCUUUGUUGCUGGGAUUUUAGCAGUUUUCCUGGACAGCACAUUGCAUAAGAAGGAUAGUCAAAUCAGGAAAGAUAGAGGCAAACAUUGGUGGGACAAGUUUCGAUCUUUCAAGACCGACUCGAGAAGCGAGGAAUUCUAUGCGUUGCCCUUCAAUCUCAACAAACAUUUCCCUUCUGUGUGAUAAACACAAACAGGUUUCGAUCUUCUAUAUGUAUCUAAUAUCUCAAAGUAGCAUCAAUAGUCAUAAAUUUGAUAGCAA